UUAUGCAUACCGUAAAUAAUCAUGUCGUUUGGUACAAGUCCAUCAUAUUCGUGUCCAUAUAUUUACAUCUACUUGAAGACGACACAUGUUUCAGUCAAUUUGAAAGGUUUCCGGAAAUCCACUUCAACCCUUCCCUGGAAUACUAUUUCAAAUCGAAACGGAUUAACAAAACUAUGGGUGGUAAGAAGGAGAAGGCUAAAGUUGGAGGCAAGGAGACCUCUGGUUUAGAGGUUCCAGCUGACAGUGAGAUUGAUGUCAUGGAAAGAGACCCAAAUGAUGUCAAUUCACAUUUGCUGGUAGCUUUUGCUGAAGUCUUUGCUGAGCCGGAUCCGACCAUAUUCAGCUUCGACAAAGUGUGGAUACUUUCCUUCAAAGUGUUUACAGCUGUUAAAUUGUGGACGUAUAGAAUCAUCACACUUAUCUGCGCCAUUCCAUGUGCAUGUCUCUGGGGUUGCCACUUUGCUUUCCUCUCAUUCUGUUACAUUUGGGUCUGCAUACCUUCUCUGAAGACAUGGUUCAUUCAGCUAGUGUGCACGAAACAGAUGUUUAACGCAAUUAUGCAGGCCUUCGUAGCACCAGUGUGGAGGGCAGUUGGCGCUGUAUUUUCUUAUAUACGUGUGGCUAAGGUGGGAGGGGCAGAUAUGGAUUUGAACGAGUUUGAGAAAUUGUCCUACGCCCAUAAGGAUCAUAAACAAUUGGUGCAUUAGUUGAUGGAUGGAUGUGCGAGUGGAUCGGAUCAAUGUGUAUUAAAAUGAUUGCUCAUUGAACUUAUUUAUACAAUCAAUUGGAAACAAUUAUAUUAUUAAUCUGUCCUUUCUGUCUCCAUCUGUAUUUGGAUCCGAUUAUGAGUUUGAUUUGUAAAUGAAAAAUAGUUUACACGAUUUUCACCAGGCCUACUAGAUCUACCACAACUGGUUUAAAAAUUAAUUUCUGAGACGGGAUGUAUAGAAUGAUACAAAUGUCCUUUUGAUUAUCGAUAUGAAUGAUGAUUAAUAACUAUAAAAAUUGAUUGCAAAUAAUUGCGGACGAAAUUUAUAAAUGACAUCAUCACCAUUUGCUUUGUCUAGGGUCUAAUACACAAUCAGUUUCGUAUCUCGAUGAUAAGCCAGUACAUUAAAUAGAGACAUUGCAUCAACUCGAGAUCACUGGAGGUAACCAUCGAAGUGCCCCACGAUGGAUAUUUACAAUUGUUGAGAUGACUUGACAGGAAAGUUGCUAUUUCAUGCGAUUUAUAUAUUGUAGAACAACCUCCAUAUUGGAAACGGGAAAUCCCCUUUUGGAUUACUUAUCAAAGUCUGAUUAUGUUUGGCGAUAUUGAAAAACAUCAAAUUAAGUCAUCCAAAUAUUGUAAUUAUCCCAUCGAACGAAGUUCGGAGGGAUAUAGGGAACGCCUCCGUACGUCCGUCCGUACGUCCGUCCGUCCUUCCGGGCAAUAACUCAAAUACCGUCGGCCCGAUUUUUU